GCGGCCCUCCCAUGAGCAUACACGCAUUGUCAUGCCAUUGGGAAAGUGCACCCAGAGGACUGCAUAUGCUUCAGAGCUGGACUACAACAAAGCCACUCCACAGCAGCAAGCAUUGCCGACCGCACAACAUCGCAUCGUCAUCCAGAAGGUAAGACAGUACCGCACACAUGUAUUCACGCAAGAGCAGUAUGGACGCCGAGCGUGUUCGGGCCUAUAUCGAGGCCCUCGAACGGAGGAGGAUACCAGAUGGGGCCCUUUAUCCACCAGACUUCAGCCCGACAACCAGUACAGCAGACAGCAUUGCCCGGAAAACAAUGCUAGAUGGCAUAGCUAGCAAGGCUACAAGCACAGCUACUGAUCCGAUCUCGGACACAGCCUCCAACCUCACAAUGGCGCAAUUUGCCUGGAAACUGCUGGUCUUGCUCUUCCUGCAACUCACCUGGCCGAUACGAGUCGUCUUUUCGUUUGUUUUCGACGUCUCCGCCUCAACUGUUCACAGCUACUUGUGGCCGACGUUCCGGCUCUUUCUGUGGUCUGCGGCUAUAGCUUUCGUGCUUUGGGUAGCGAUUGCGUGCCUGUUGGACGGGCCGGAAUGGUUCGAAAUCCUUGGAGGGAUGGCGAGGGACAGAUAUGACGAGUUUGCGCUCAACAACAACAUCUUGCUGAGUGUCGAGCAUGGCUGGGCCAACUUCAAGCAGGCAAGUUACGAUCAGUACCUGCGGCUGAGAUACAACGCCAUCACCGACCGCGUCAAAGCAGCUAUUCGAGAUCUAUACUUCCUGCCCGACAACACUAUGCGCUUGAUCAGGCGCAAUUGGCGGAAGGCAGUAUUACUCUCGCUGCUACUAAGCUGGGCUCUGUUAGCCAGACAGGUUGGUCCAGAGGUGGAUCGAUACCAAUUCGUGCCUAUGUACCGGUUGGCAGCGAAGUUUGGGACACAAGUGCCGGAAUGGGUCUUCGACUACCACCUUGACCGGAAGUCCGACGGAAGCAACAGCCAUUUCAGACCAGAGCCUGAAACAUCGCCAGCUGUACGAUAUCAGGACUGGGCGAAGCCCGUUGCAGAAGAUGGCACUGUCAGCGCCAGCGUUAAGCCUGCCGUAGUGACGGUCACUGUCACUACUGUAAAGACAAGAAGCCUCCAUGAGCUGCCGGCAGAGACGGACGCCUCGUGGCCCAAGGUCAGGACGAAUGUGAGCAGAGAUAUGGUGUAUUGCAAAGUCUGUCGGCAGUAUCAUUGUAAUGAGCUACCUUAUUGAAUCAGUACCUGCUUACAGCGGCGAUGAGCGAAGGUUCGUGGACCGUUCCAACAGCACGGCGAUGGCAUCAGUAGCGGUGGGGUAGAAAGGCAGCGCCGGCCGCCAUUUGACCUGCUGAAAGCGGAAGAAUCGAGGAAUGCUUGGCUAC